CUGCCGUAUAAGCAAUUAUCGAUAUCAAACCAAAUAACAGAUUUCAUUGUUGGUUGUAAGCGUAAGGUGAACAACGUGACGAAAAUGCCAACAGUUUUAGUAACAGGUAGUUCAAGAGGAAUUGGAUUAGAGAUUGUUAGAGAUUUAUUAUCAAAAAAUAACAAUGUAAUAUCAAUUUCACGUACAAUAACCGAUGAACUCAAGGAAUUGGAGUCCGACAAGCUAUUGAUCGUAAAAGGCGACUUAGUUGAUAGAAGUGUAUCCAAAGUAGCCGUCGAUGAAGGUAUAAAGAAGUAUGGUGUCUUAGAUUCUAUCAUUCUUAAUCACGGUGUAAUCAACCCAAUUGGAAAGGUAUCAGAUAUCAAUCCAGAAGAUGUUUUGAACAUUAUUAACACCAACUUUAUCAGUUUAUAUCACACAAUUCAAUUGGCUUUACCACACUUGAGAGAUUCGAAGGGUAAUAUCCUUUUGGUGAGCUCAGGUGCAGCUACAGCCGGAUAUUCAGCUUGGACAGCCUAUAGCGCAUCAAAGGCUGCUAUGAACAGCUUAGCAAGAACCUUAGCUAAUGAAGAGAAGGAUAUAACAACUAUAGCAAUCGAACCUGGUGUUGUAGACACUCCAAUGCAACAAUCCAUUAGAAACAAUGGUAACAAUGCUAUGUUAUCAGAGGAUUAUAAAUUCAUUAUGAAUUUAUACUCAGAGAAGAAGAUGUUAACGCCUGACCAACCUGCGAAAGUUUUCUCAAAUUUAUCAGCUAUAAAGUUAUCUGGACAGCAUUCAGGUGCAUUCCUCAGUUGGGAUUCUAAUGAAUUUGAGGACUUUAGAAACUGAUAAAUACAAGUACAUCGAACGUUUGUAGACUAAAUAACUGAUUAUAGAACACACAUAUUCAGUUUACCAUCUAAGCCUCGUGAUUGUUCUUUGUAAUGACAGAUCAUAUUCAUCCUCUUACAUCUAGUUGGCUUAAUCCCUUAACAGGUUUGCUGCUACUUCUCUCUGGUAGAGUAUUCUGAGGUUAUUUGUACGUGACGUUCUGCAUAUUUUAAAUAAUGUAGAACUGAUAACUACUGACAGUCUUCAUUCAAGCAG